AUGCAAUUGAACGGUAAAUGUAUCUCUGAAGAGAGAAAACGACGAAGCCGGUACGUAAAGAGAGAUCGACAAAGCCGUAAACGUGUCCUCAUUGUAGCUGAGGGAUUUGACGUUUCGGUUCCUCAGGGUUGUACGCCGAGGAAACAUGUGUUUCAUCUGGAGAGCGAGUUGAGAGAUCAUUUCUCUUCAUGUGGAAAGAUCAAGUCCGUUUGUAUCCCUCAUCCCUAUUAUAGCUCUACUAUCAAGAGUCAUGCUUACAUAGAAAUUCUAGGACAGGGCGCAAAAGAAAAGGCGCUGCAGCUUAGUGGAAGUGAGAUGAAUAGACACAAACUAAUUGUUACCGCGCCAUUGCUGCCCUUGAAAAGGACUCUCAGAGAGGAUUUAAAAUCAGCUAAAAGCGAUCGAUUCGGCAGGAGCAAAAUGAUUAUUGUUAAGAGAUAUGACACCUCGCUUCCUAGGAAGAUUAUCAAGAGCGCGUUGAGUAACAAGUUCUCAUCAUGUGGAGAGGUCUUGGAGGUGGACUUAUUAUAUCCCCAUAAAAGAAAACCUGAUAACACCAAGUUUGUGGCAUCUUCCUCCACUAAUUCAUGA